CGCUCUACUGCCGCAUCACCGAGCGGGACGCGCUCGGUGCCAUCCGCCGUCCGCUGCUGCCGGAGCCGGAGCUGCUGCGCCUGGGCCGGGACGUGGUGCGGCUGCUGCAGCCCUGACCGGUACCGCACGAUGGAGACCGGCGGGGGGCGGAGAGCGGCCCCCGGCAGCCCUGACCCCGAGCACCGGAGGCGGAGGAAGCUCAGUGUUCCAUCCAUCAACCUGACCACCUGCAGGUACGAGAGCGUGCGGCGGGCAGCGCAGUGCUGUGGGCUGAGAGAGGUGGGAGAGGAUGAGGAGUGGACGGUGUAUUGGACGGACAACUCGGUCACCCUGGAACGUGUCAUGGACAUGAAGCGCUUUCAGAAGAUCAACCACUUCCCAGGCAUGAUGGAGCUCUGCCGCAAGGACCUGCUGGCUCGGAACCUCAACCGCAUGCUCAAGCUCUUCCCCAAGGAAUACAGGAUAUUCCCUCGCACCUGGUGCCUGCCAGCAGACUAUGGAGACUUCCGGGCCUACGGAUGCAGGAGGAAAAGACGAGUGUUCAUCUGCAAGCCAGACAGCGGCUGCCAAGGGAAGGGGAUCUUCAUCACCCAGAACCCCGAGGACAUCAAGCACGGGGAGCACAUGAUCUGUCAGCAGUACAUCUCCAAGCCUUUCCUCAUCGAUGGCUUUAAAUUUGACAUGCGCAUCUAUGUGCUGGUCACAUCCUGUGACCCGCUGAGGGUCUUUGUCUACAAGGAGGGGCUGGUCAGGUUUGCCACCAUGAGGUACAUCGAUCCCAGCAGCAGGAAACCGGUGAACAAGGAAUGUUUCCAAGGAACUCACACAGCGUCUGAUGAUAUCUGCAUGCACUUGACCAAUUAUGCUAUCAACAAGCAUAACGAGAACUUCGUCCAGCAUGACACCAUGGGCAGUAAGAGGAAACUGUCCACCCUCAAUGCCUGGAUGAUGGAGAACGGCUACAACACAACAAAGCUCUGGGAAGAUGUUGAAGAUAUUAUCAUAAAGACUCUGAUUUCAGCUCACCCUGUCUUGAAGCACCAUUACCAAAGCUGCUUCCCCAGCCACACCUCUGGCUCUGCCUGCUUUGAGAUACUGGGGUUUGAUGUUCUGCUGGACAGAAGGUUGAAGCCGUGGCUGCUGGAGGUGAACCAUUCCCCCAGCUUCAACACGGACUCUCGCCUAGACCGGGAGGUGAAGGAUGCUCUUCUGUGUGACACCUUCAACCUGAUAAAUGUGAAUGCCUGUAACAGAAGGAAGGUGUUGGAGGAAGACAAGCAGCGGGUAAAGGAACGGCUCCUCCAGUCUCAUCACGCUUCCCGUGCAUCCAGGCGUGAGGAGCUGCAGAGCAGCCGGUUGGCCUGGCUGUGCCAGGAGCAGCAGUACGAGGACCAGCACCUCGGUGGGUACAGGCGCAUCUACCCUGCCCAUGGCACCGAGCGCUACGACUGCUUCUUCAAGCAGAGCAGCUCCGUCUUCCAGGAGACAGCCUCAUCCAAAGCACGGGAGCAGUGUGCCAGGCAGCAACUGGAGGAAAUUCGCCUGAAAAAGGAGAAGUUUGAAGCUGCCAUCAUGAAGAAGAAAGUGAAGAGGAAGGAGGAGCUGCAUGGGGAGUCAGCAGGGGACAAACCCCAGCCCCGCACCACCAGCACAGCUCCUUCAGCUCGCCUCACCUCCAGAAGCAGCAGGGUAUGGGAGAGGAAGGCACAGGUUGACUCCUCACAGCCCCAGCGCAUCGUGGCAAGGGAGGAGAAGGAAAGAGUCAAUGCUCUGCUGCAGCGUGAGAACCUCAUCCGAAGCCUGGGCAUCAUAGACCAGCUCUCCUGCCUUCAACCUGCAGCCAAGGCACCAGCUGGCACACAGAGGUCCCUCCCCACCGACUGCAAGAGCCAGCCGCAGUGCCACUGGGAUGCACUCGGGAGCUUCCCGACACUCGUCCCCUUCUCCCUCCUGAGACACCCGCUCCGGUCUCUGGGACAGCAGCACACGCACAACCCCAGGGCUGGGGUGCAGCUGCUGCCCAGCCUGGGCUCGGGCUCCGCACCCACGUUCUUGGUCCGAGGCAAGAGGAUCCCCUGCAUGGCACGGCAGAGCCUCCGGUCACCCAGCGGGGGCUGCCUGCGGGUGCGGGGCCAGGCAGCAUCGGCAGCAGCCAUCCCCUGGCACCGCACCGAGCCCGAGGAGCAGCAGGAGCGAGGCCAGCAGCUCCCUGCUGCGGGGAGCAAGGCUGAAGGCUGUGAAGCUGUCAGGCUGUCCCUCAGCACAGGCGGUUGGCACCCGGGGUCUCCGGCCAGCACACGCACAACUCCAUCUGCAGCCGUGCUGCCAUCCCGGAGCUGCCCAUCUCCCCAGCCCCGCACCGAUCCGGACCCUCGCCCGUUUGCAGUGAACAGCACAGGUAACGGUGCAGAGGGGACCCGACACUCGCCUGCCGGCUGA